AUGAAAACUUUUUUUAUUUUAUUCACUAUCUUAGGUAUAAUAAUUCAAACUUAUUGCUUUCCUGAGGGUCAUCCUGAAGGUCGUGGUGGACAUGAAUCAGUUCAAGUAAAUGACAAAUUAUACUUUAUGGGAGGUUCCCGCCUAAUCUCUCAAUCAAAUCCGAAAAGAUAUAAUUUAUCAAACGAAGUAUUUUAUCUAGACCUUUCAUCACAAUUUAAUAUUAGAAAUCCACCAUUUGUAGAUCUUACUAAUGGUACUUCACAAAUGCUUUAUGGAAAUGAAAAAGGAGCUGCAGUUCUUGGGGGAUCUAAUCGAUCUGAUGUCUACUUGAUCGGUGGAACGCAGCUGAGACUAUCAACAUUAAAUUGGAACGUCACGGACCAAUUUAUUUACAUUUAUAGAACUAUUCCUAAAAUUUGGACAAAACUUGAACAAGGAAUUAAAGGGACUCAACCUUCAAGACGUAGGUCAACUUCAACAGUAAUCAAACCUAAUGGAACAAUAUAUAUAUUUGGUGGGAGGGUAGAGCAAGAUAUGGG